AUGUCGGAUGUAGAUAACUGGGAGCCCGUAUCCGACAAUGAGGAUACUACUGAUUCUGUGAAGCAAUUGGGUCCUCCCUUUGAACAUACAAGUAACGAUGAUAAUGCUAGCGGUGCUGAAGUUGAAUCAUUCCAAGAUGUGCCUCUAAAUACAGAAAACAGUGACGCACGCAAGAAUCUGAUGGUGAUUACGAACCCUAGUGCCACUGAUGAACAGUCCACAGAAAUUAAACAUGAUCAAUCAAGGGCUUCUUCGACGUCUUCGUUCUUUAGCGGGAUGAUCUCUUCGUUUAAGUCAAACGUACAAUCCCCGGUUUCUAGAUCAAGUACCCCUACUUCACCAGUGUCGCAACCAAACAUCAUAUCACAUAGAAGAGAGCCAUCUGUAGGGUCCAAAAGAAGAUCAAGUCGCCGCAUCAGUAAUGCUACAAUGGCUGAAAUAGACUCACCCUUACAGCAAGUGGAAAAGCCUGAUGAAGUCAAGACGAGGCGCAACCCUUCUCAAAUGAAAGAGGACAUUUAUGAUCAUAAACGGUUUGUGGAAGAACGUUACAUGGACACCCCUUAUCACUAUGCGUCUGAGCAAAGAAACAAAGACUUCCAUGAAACCUUCAAGUCCGUUCCCAAAGAUGAUAGAUUGCUGGAUGAUUUUAAUUGUGGGCUCAACAGAGAAUUGCUCUACCAGGGGAAACUAUAUAUAACGGAAACACAUCUUUGCUUCAACUCUAACAUUCUUGGUUGGAUUGCUAAAGUGCUGAUUGCCUUCGAAGAUAUCACGUUUAUGGAAAAGACGUCUGCCGCUGGGUUAUUCCCCAGCGCCAUAUCCAUUGAAACAAAGAUGGGCAAAACUUUGUUCAAUGGAUUUAUAUCCAGGGACACUGCAUUUGGAUUGAUGAAAGAGGUGUGGUCCAGAACCUUGUUACAGAAUGACAUGGCCAGCGAAAGCUUCAAUACUACAAACGAAAAAUCUGGUAACGGUAAAGAAAUUGAUAAUGCAAUAAACUCCAUCGAUGAGGAAAGUGAUGGCAAAGAUGCUAAUGAUAAGGACACUAAUUACGACUAUGAUGACAAUAACAAUACUAGUGAGACCACCCCUAAGAGUAAGGGUUACUUACUGGAUAAGGGGAACAAAAAAGCAUAUAAACUGCGUGCUGAUUCAGCGUACCAGUAUGAAGGUCCCCUAUAUCAUCAUUCCACAAGCUUCCCAGCUGAACAGAUGGCUAGCAACGAAUUUGUGCUCAAGGAAGUGCCAUUCAAUUGUGCACCUGGUAUACUCUUCGAAAUUAUGUUCAACUCGGAAGAGAACGAGUUUCUUCUAGAUUUUUUGCUGGGCCAAGAGGGUUCUCAAAUCACCAAGGUUCCAAAUUUCACGAGCAUUCAUGAAUCUCCCGUAACAUUGAAAAGAGAGUAUUCUUACGAAAAGGCGUUGCAUUUUCCUGCAGGACCCAAGUCUACAACGUGUUAUGUUGCUGAAGAAAUAAAAAAAAAGGACCCUGAUACGUACUAUGAAAUCAUCAGUAGUAUACGCACCCCAAACGUGCCCAGUGGUGGUAGUUUCUCGACUAAGACAAGAUAUCUAAUCCGUUGGAACAGCGAGAUAACAUGUCUAUUACGAGUAUCCUUUUGGGUGGAAUGGACUGGCUCCAGUUGGAUUAAAGGUAUGGUUGAGAAUGGUUGCAAGAAUGGUCAAUUGGAGGCAGUGCAAUUAAUGGAACGUAUUCUCUCCAAAUUUGUUAAACGCAAUGUUGAAGAAUGCCAAAUUACUGUUAGCAAGGAGGAUGAAAAGCAAGAGAAAGAAGAAGCGGAAGAGGAAUUGAAGGAGGUUAAUCUUGAACAACCAAGAGAGGUCUUAGCUGCGAAACCUGCCGUUUCAGAGGCCAAAGGCCUGAAGGUUACCACGGAAACGUGGCUAUUGCUAUUCUUGAUCGUGAUUCUGUUGCUACUGCUGAAUCUACUCUAUAUACGGUCGAUUGCCGCUUCAUUACAUCAACUGGUGAAGUUGCAAUCGGUGGAAUUGAAGUUGUGA